CAAUUCCAAACUUAUAAUUACGAUUAAAUGACAAAAAUAAUUUAAAUAACGAAUCAUUAACAAAAAGAAACCUGUUCUUAAUGACGAUCGUUUAGAAAAAAAACGUCACAAGGUAACAGAGUGAGAAUAAUCCUUUACAAUUAUAGUUCAGUUGGUUAUGAAGGAGGUCUUAUGUCGGACCUAUAAAAUUAAAUAAAAAUAAAAGUGUUGGACUAAGGACGGAGUGAAAAUGUUCGGAAAACAUUCGAAGUUGUUUUUUUUAGUGUCUAUGGUGGUGUUGGUGGUAGCUAUAGUUUUAGCCGCAUGGGGAUUUCAGAAAAUCGUUGACAAACAAAUACAGAAAAAUGUACAGCUAGAGAACAACUCGUUGAUGUUCGACAAAUGGCAGAAGCUGCCGAUGCCGCUAGACUUCAAAGUGUAUCUAUUCAACGUGAGCAACGUGGACGAAGUGAACCGGGGGAAAAAACCUAUACUCAACGAGAUAGGGCCUUAUGUCUAUAAACAAUAUCGUGAGAAGACAAUUUUAGGUUAUGGACCCAACGACACAAUCAAGUACAUGCUGCGCAAGCGCUUCGAGUUCGAUCCUGUAGCGUCAGGAGACCUCACAGAAGAUGACGAAGUCACUGUUAUACAUUUCUCUUAUUUGGCAGCUCUGCUCACGAUCCACGACAUGAUGCCAAGUCUGGUCGGAGUAAUAAACAAAGCGUUGGAACAGUUCUUCCCAAACCUUGAGGAUGGCUUCCUGAGGGUCAGAGUGAGGGACUUACUGUUUGACGGAAUCUACCUCAGCUGCGAUGGAGAUAAUGCUGCUUUGGGACUCGUGUGUGGAAAAAUUAAAACCGAGACCCCUCCAACGAUGCGAGCCUCCGAAACCUCAAACGGAUUCUACUUCUCAAUGUUUUCUCAUAUGAACAGAUCAGAGUCUGGCCCAUGGGAAAUGAAGCGAGGUAGAGAGAAUGUAUACGAUUUAGGUAAUGUGGUGUCGUAUAAGGGUAAGGAGGUGAUGCCCAUGUGGGGGGACAAGUACUGCGGCAAGAUCAACGGCUCCGACUCCUCAAUAUUCCCCCCCAUCAACCCGAACAAUGUACCAAAGAAACUUUAUACUUUCGAACCUGAUAUUUGCAGAUCAGUUUACGUGGAUUUGGUUGGGAAGAGUGAAUUGUUUAACAUCAGCUCUUAUUACUACGAGAUAUCGCCGCUAGUUUUCGGAGCGAAGAGCGCCAAUCCUGACAACAAAUGUUUUUGUAGAAAGAACUGGAGUGCUAACCACGACGGCUGCCUGCUGAUGGGCCUCCUGAACCUGAUGCCGUGCCAGGGCGCGCCGGCCAUCGCGUCGCUGCCGCACUUCUACCUCGGCUCGGAGGAACUGCUCGAGUUCUUCCAAGCAGGCAUCAAGCCUGACAAGGAGAAGCAUAAUACUUUUGUUCAUAUUGAUCCGAUAACUGGAGUCGUCCUCAGCGGUGUUAAACGACUACAGUUUAACAUUGAACUGCGGAAGAUUGAGAAUAUUCCUCAGCUGAGCAACGUUCCUACUGGACUGUUCCCUAUGCUGUGGCUUGAAGAGGGAGCAUCAAUACCAGAAUCAAUUCAGCAAGAGCUGAAAGACUCGCACAAGCUCCUGAGCUACGUACAAGUAGCGCGGUGGAUGUUCCUAGCGCUCGCGGUAGUCGCGGUCGUCGUGUCGGCGGUGGCGGUCGCGCGGUCCAACGCGCUCAUCCCGUGGCCCCGCAACAGUAACUCCGUUAGUUUCAUACUGGGCCACAAUGUGGCGGCUAAUAAAGGACAUUGAUGGGA